GUUGUUCCCCAGAUCAUCAGCCCUACUGUGGACUACUCCUGUCACCAUGGCGAGGAUCACCAAGGCUGUGUCUCGUCUCUGCGUCUGUCUCGUUGCUUUCCUGGCGUUGUCGCUGCUGAGCGAGACUCGUCCUAUUGCUUCGGUAGCGAGGGAAGGCUUGCGGUCGCUGGAUGCACGAUCACCCGAUCCGCGCAUGAUCCCCGGCACAGGAGAUCUCCUCGGAAGUAUCUUCACAAAAGCCGGCCUUGACGGCCUCGCCCGUCUUAACAGGCUGGAAAACUGGAAGCAAAAGAACAACGACCCGGACGUGAUCGACGGCAGCAACAUCACCCAGCCGAUCAUAACCUCGCACCAGGAUAAUAAAUCCGCGCUGCCGAAUACCAUGCACAAGGGGGAGCACAGUGACAUACCGGACCCGACUGAGAAGCCGGGACAGUUUGUAGGUGCUAUGGUCGAUAUGCUGUCGAGUAAGUUAGGACAGGCGAUGCAUAGCAGUGAUGAGGUGACUCUGUAG